UCCGGUGUCGCCAGUAGCCGCGCGUUUUGUCUUUAGCCUGGCGGCGCGCUCCGUGCCGCCUUCCUGAACCGCGUCCUCGUCGUCGUCGCGUUUCGAAACGCCGCCACCUUUGGAACCCCGGUGCGUCGCCGACCCCGUCGCCCUGCCGGCACCCCGUCCACGACGUCAGCAGCAUGAACGAGUACACGCGCGCCGAGGUGGCGCUACACAACCGCAUGGGCGACAUCUGGUUCAUCAUCCACAAAUAUGUGUACAACGUGACGGAGUUCAUUUACGAGCACCCCGGCGGCCAGGAGGCGCACCUCCGCGUCGCGGGGAAGGACGCCUCCGAGUGCUUCGACGAGGUGGGCCACUCCGACGAGGCCGAGAUGCUCAUGAAGAGGUUCCGCAUCGGCGUCGUCAAGGAGGGAGGACAUCCUGGUGGUGAGGAGGUUCUUUUGGAACAAGCUGGUAAGGAUGCCACUGAGCCUUUUGAAGAUGUCGGCCACUCCUCAGACGCACGAGAGCUCAUGGCCAAGUACAAAAUUGGAGAACUUGUUGAGUCGGAAAGGAAGAAGAUCAAGGAGCCCGUUGCCAAGGACUGGAGCACAGACAACAACACAGAGGACACCAGCUCAUGGAAAUCAUGGCUGAUUCCUGUCACCCUGGGUAUCCUGGCCACCAUCGUGUAUCGAUUCUUAACUGCCUAAGGAACUAAAACCCCAAUUCUAGCCUUAACAAAUGAGGGGUCUGCUACUUACAGGCCUGAUCUAUCAGUUUUAAGAAUACCGCAAACAUGUCAACUUGACCAUUCUGUUUUGCUGCUAAUACUUUUGACCAACUUUUCCUGCCUUUGAUAUUGCUCCUUCCGGAGCUGUGAUAGUAAUAUAUGUUCUUUCAUAUUUGUGUACUUGUGAAUUUGUAUUACUGAGGAUGGUUGGUUGUGAACAAAGCUAUUGUAAUAAGUGAAGCAGAUUUUGUCUGUGGUGUUAGAACUGCUAGCGUUCAAAGAACCAAGAUAAUAUUGUGUGUGAAUUUCUAUUGUACCUGCUUGGAGAAUACUCCAAAUAUUUUCCAUACAGUACUGCAUUUCUUAUUGCUUCUUCUCAGAAGAAAUAUAAUGAGUCCCAUAGGUACUUGCAAUUGUUCUAUUAUUUGCUCAUCCAAACCAAAAGAAGACAUUCCACAUUUGCUUGUCUAAGUAAACACAGAGUUAUUUGUAAUUUUCUUCCCUAUUUGCAAUAUGUGUUAAAGUUGACUUGUAUAUAGUAGAAUGCAUUAUUAAGGAACAAAGGCUUUGAAGAUUUAAAUGUUGACGUAUGUACCUGGUUCACUAAGACCUACUUUGCAACCUUUAUUGUUUCUUUCUUUAAAAAAAAAAGGUGAAGCGUAGCAUACAUGUGGUUGAGAAGAAACACUUUUAAAGCCCAUUUUAACUUUUUUGUUUUCUUAAAGUAAUGAAAUGUCAGACUUGCAUAAAUCAUUUACUACAUUCUACAAUGUGCAAUGUUAAAAUAAAUUGUGUAUUUCCUGUUA